UCGACUCUGAACGAUAUGUUUGACCCGUGAUUUAUUCUGGCUCUAUAAUUUCGAUCGGAUAGUGCUUUAUUAAUAUUUCGAGCAUAAAUUAUUUACUAUUAGAGAUACAAUGGUGCUAAUAUGUAAAUAUUGCGGUAAGAAAGGCGGAAUAGAAGGCAAUUUCCUUUGAAAGAUGCAGAGCUUCUGUCUGGCUGCAAAAAAUGAAUGUAGGAACUUCUUUUGUUCCCACAAGCAGUACUAGACUUUGCUCGGAGCAUUUUACAAAAGAAUGUUUCGAAAAGAAAGACACAAGGACAUUUCUGCGUGUUAGUAGUAUUCCUACCUUGUUUGUGGAAUACCGAACAACAUGUGCAUAUUGUAAUGCCAUCCAAGAUGAUGAUAAGAAUGUUUCAUUUCGAACAUUUCCAUUAAACAAUUCCGAGCUUCUUGAAAAGUGGAUCACUGCUUUAAAAUUGGGAAAUUAUAUUCCGCAUAAGAAAAGCAUAAUUUGCACGAAAUACUUUUCAAAAGAUUGUUUCUACACUGCACGGACGGGCUAUUUACGAUUGAAAGAAAAUGCAGUACCGUCUAUAUUGGAAACAACCGAGGAUACGCAUAAUUCAGAGGACCAGGCUGCUAGUGCAGAAGAGAGCAGGGCGAAUUGUUCAAGCGUGCUAUCAGAAAUGGACAUAGAAAUGGAAAACGACGAAAAUUGUGACACAACAAAUGAUAACUCGAUAACAGAAAUUGAUAUAGUUACGCAUGAAGAUGAUUCAGAGGAGCGUCCUUCAACUUCUUCAAGCCAAUGCACGCCAAGAAGUUUAAACCGGAAGAGGAAUUGUACAUAUGAUCAUUCCUAUGAAUUAUCUCCAAAUAGCAUGAAGCGCAAGAUAUCUCGCCUAAGUGCUACAGUUAAAAGGCUGCGAGCGGAGUCUAAAGUGCACAAUAGGCGUAUUCAGCGGCUAAAGAAGAAGAUCACUAGCCUGAACGAUCUACUCAUCCGAGAAGGAAUUUCUCUUAUAUAUGGAGAAGUUAUAAACAGAUGAUGCUUGGACAAUUAAGCAUACCGUGGGUGAAUGAAGUGCACCAAAUUGUAAAAUAUUUGUUAUUUUCGAAAGGAAAUCUAUUUUUGCAUUUGUAUAUUAAUCCAAAGAGAUGGUUGUAAACUAAAGAUAUUUAUCUCUUAAUUGUAAAUUUAAUCUUUUAAUUCAAAUUAUAUAUCGACUGAAACAAAUUCCAAAUCAUUCAAUUUGUUGGAAUUAAUUUAAAUUUAUGCGAUUAUUCGCGUUAUAGAUAGUUUGAUGUAUAUGAUAUGAUGAUACAUGUAUAUAUAUAAGCAACAUAUUUAUUAAUUCACUUUUGUAAUCGCUUCUGUAAGAUCAAUUACAUUUCGUUGGCUCAAUCUACACA